AUGGACUCCAAAAAACUUCUUACCAAGCAGUUCCGGCGCUUUUUCUCAUUUGUUGUCGGAUUUCACGCGGUAUUACUGGCUGUCCCGUUUCUGUACUCCCGAUGUGGCCGUGAUCGCUUCUUUGAGGCGCAUUGGGAGUUUAGCACGCCCGUUUUACGACGCCGUCAGACUUAUUGGCGGUUUUGGGAUCCGACAUUUCGCACGCCGGUGCUCUCCAAAGAAGAAAAUCGUUGUCUUUCCGCUUGGCUACACCUGAUGGAGGAAGCCGCUCCACACCCCAUGCACGAUCUCUCGCCGCAUAUUCGCACGCACGAUACGUUGGCCCUUUACAACGGACUUAAUGAAUUACAGUGUGGGAUCUACAUCAUUCAACAUUGCGUUCACAAAAUCACCCCUUAUCUCGUGGAGUUGAGAAGGGAGGUUCAGGACGAUGUGACGUUUCUUCAUUUUAGGCUGGAAUUUGACAUGGAAGGACGAAUCCCUCUAACAUCGUGGUGCUUUUCCUUGGGCCAGUUGCCCUCCUCUGUUUCACUGCAGCUGGGGAAACAAGGCUCUAAAUCUACCGAUCCAGUUGUUAUUGACUCGGUAGAAAAUCGCUGGUUCAACGGGCCUAUCUGGUCCUACCAGACGCGCUCAACGCCUUCUUUUUUUGGAGAUAUUGGAGAUUUAUUUAGAUGCUAUAAUGCCUUUAUGUCAGCCAUGAUCGUGCCGAUCGUGAUUCCCGUCAAACAACAUUUCGACCAAAUCUCCACAUAUCUGUCGGAAAUCACAGCCGAACUGGAAAGGAACCAGAUCGAGCAGAUUUCCACAUAG